AAGCAGCAGGCGCAGCACCUGAGCCGCUGCUGCCGCUCGCUCAGGACAGCGCUAUGGCUGAGCCUGGGCGCAGCGUCCAUCCCUCUGCCAGAGGUAGGGGAAGAACUGAGCGGCGCACACCUCGGCUUCUGCGGCUGCUGCUCUGGACUGGGAUCGUCUUCCAGAUGACCCAGGGAACGGGACCGGAGCUUCACGCCUGCAAAGAGUCUGAGUACCACUACGAGUACACCGCAUGUGACAGCACGGGUUCCAGAUGGAGGGUCGCCGUGCCGCACUCCCCGGGCCUGUGCACCAGCCUCCCUGACCCCGUCAAGGGCACCGAGUGCUCCUUUUCUUGCAAUGCUGGGGAGUUUCUGGACAUGAAGGACCAGUCGUGUAAGCCAUGCGCUGAGGGCCGCUACUCCCUCGGCACUGGCAUCCGGUUUGAUGAGUGGGAUGAGCUGCCGCAUGGCUUUGCCAACCUGGCGACCAAAAUGGAGAUCGACGACAGCGCCGCUGAGACCACAGAGAACUGCACUUCGUCCACGUGGGUCCCCCGGGGUGACUACAUCGCCUCCAACACAGACGAAUGCACGGCCAUACUGAUGUACGCCGUCAACCUGAAGCAGUCCGGCACCGUUAACUUCGAAUACUACUACCCAGACACCGCUAUCAUCUUUGAGUUUUUCGUUCAGAACGACCAGUGCCAGCCCAAUGUAGAUGACUCCAGAUGGAUGAAAACCACAGAGAAAGGAUGGGAAUUCCACAGUGUCGACCUAAAUCGAGGCAAUAAUGUCCUUUAUUGGAGAACCACAGCCUUCUCAGUGUGGUCCAAAGUUCCCAAGCCUGUGCUGGUGAGGAACAUCGCCAUAACAGGGGUGGCCUACACUUCGGAAUGCUUCCCCUGCAAACCCGGAACGUUUGCGGACACACAGGGCUCCGCUUCCUGCAAAAUUUGCCCAGCGAACUCUUACUCAAAUAAGGGAGAAACUUCUUGCCACCAGUGUGACCCUGACAAAUACUCAGGAAAAGGAUCCUCCUCCUGCAAAGUGCGUCCAGCUUGCACAGACAAAGAUUAUUUCUACACACACACAGCCUGUGAUGCCAACGGAGAGACACAGCUCAUGUACAAAUGGGCGGAGCCGAAAAUCUGCAGCGAGGAUCUUGAGGGGGCGGUGAAUCUGCCCGCCUCUGGUGUGAAGACCCACUGCCCACCCUGCAACCCAGGCUUCUUCAAAACCAACAGCAGCACCUGCGAGCCCUGCCCCUAUGGCUCUUACUCCAAUGGCUCCGAUUGUGCCCACUGCCCCGCUGGGACUGAACCAGCUCUGGGAUUUGAAUACAAAUGGUGGAACACGCUGCCUACAAACAUGGAAACAACCGUUCUCAAUGGGAUCACCUUUGAGUACAAGGGCAUGGCAGGCUGGGAGGUGGCUGGUGACCACGUUUAUACAACAGUGGGAGCCUCAGACAAUGACUUCAUGAUUCUCACCCUGGUUUUACCAGGAUUCAGACCUCCACAGUCUGUGAUGGCAGACACAGAGAAUAAAGAGGUGGCCAGGAUCACGUUUGUCUUUGAGACAGACUGCUCUGUGAACUGCGAGCUCUACUUCAUGGUGGGCAUCAAUUCUAGGGCCAACACUCCUGUGGAGACAUGGAAAGGUUCCAAAGGCAAGCAGUCCUAUACCUACAUCAUUGAGAAGAAUGCCACCAUGAGCUUCACCUGGGCCUUCCAGAGGACCGCUUCACAUGAGACGGGCAGGAAGUACACCAGUGAUGUUGCCAAAAUCUACUCCAUCAAUGUCACCAAUGUCAUGGAUGGGGUAGCCUCCUACUGCCAUCCCUGUGCCCUGGAAGCCUCUGACAUGGGCUCCUCCUGCACCUCUUGUCCUGCCGGCUACUACAUCGAUCGAGACUCGGGAGACUGCCACUCCUGCCCCCCUAACACAAUCCUGAAAGCCCACCAGCCUUAUGGCAUCCAGGCCUGCAUGCCCUGUGGCCCGGGGACCAAGAGCAAUAAGAUCCGCUCUCUAUGCUACAACGAUUGCUCCUUCUCAGUCAGCAGUCAGGACAGGACUUUCGACUACAACUUCUUGGCUUUGGCAAACCCCGUCUCUCUGGCUGGAGGACCAAGCUUCACUUCCAAAGGGUUGAAAUAUUUCCACCAUUUCACCCUCAGUCUCUGUGGAAACCAGGGUAAAAAAAUGUCCGUUUGUACCGACAAUGUCACUGACCUCCGGAUUCCUGAGGGUCAGGCAGGUUUCUCCAAAUCCUUAAAGGCCUACAUCUGCCAGGCGGUCAUCAUCCCCGCCGAGGUGACAGGUUACAAGGCCGGGGUGUCCUCGCAGCCAGUCAGCCUUGCCGAUCGGCUUGUUGGGGUGACAACAGAUACGACCCUGGAUGGCAUCACCUCCCCAGCCGAGCUUUUCCCCUCGGAGCCCUUGGGAAUACCGGAUGUGAUCUUCUAUUAUAGGUCCAAUGAUGUGACCCAGUCCUGCAGUGCUGGGAGAUCAACCACCAUCCGUGUCAGAUGCAGUCCACUGAAAACUCACCCUGGAAGUCUGUCGCUCCCCAGCAUGUGCUCGGAUGGGACCUGCGAUGGCUGUAACUUCCACUUCCUGUGGGAGAGCGAGUACGCUUGCCCACUGUGCUCGGCUGCGGACUACCACUCUAUCAUCAGCAGCUGUCUGUCUGGGAUCCAGAAGACGACUUAUGUGUGGCGAGAACCCAGGUUAUGCUCAGGUGGCAUCUCCCUGCCUGAGCAGAAAGUCACCAUCUGCAAAACAAUCGAUUUCUGGCUGAAAGUGGGCAUCUCUGCAGGCACCUGUACUGCCAUCCUGCUCACUGUCUUGACCUGUUACUUUUGGAAAAAGAAUCAAAAACUAGAGUACAAGUACUCCAAGCUGGUGAUGAAUGCCACCCUCAAGGACUGCGACCUGCCAGCGGCCGACAGCUGUGCCAUCAUGGAAGGCGAGGACGUGGAGGAUGACCUCAUUUUCACCAGCAAGAAGUCACUCUUUGGGAAGAUCAAAUCAUUUACCUCCAAGUUGGUGGACUGUUUGGGCCUUUUAACUUCCAGAAGGAGUAUUGAACCAAUCCAUGGUGCGUGGGGCCAGCAGAGAGCAUCCAAGCAACUCAUCCAGGGCUCCAGCCCUCUGCGGCACCACUCUGCAAGCACCCACACCUCCCUGCUGCCCCGAACUAGUUCAACCAAAAAGAGGACUCCUGAUGGAUUUGACUCAGUGCCACUGAAGACAUCCUCGGGAGGCCCAGACAUGGACCUGUGAGGGGUGCUGCCCAGCUCCACCUGCCUCCUCGCCUUGGCAAUUCACUUUGCAAACCUUUGGUGAUUUGGGUGCCAGCUUCCUGCAACACCCAGUGCUGGAAAUCUCUUCAUUGUGGCCUUAUCAGAAGAAGUUUGAAUUUCAGAUCUUUUUUUAUAGAGUACCAAGCCCUCCUUUCUGCUUGUCCCAAGCCUGCCAAAUAUACCCAUACUUUCUUUGUAUGUUACUCCCUUGCUUGCAUCUUGUUUCCCCAAAUGGUCCAGUCGCCGGAGCCAUAGUUUCAUGGGCCCAUAAUUUUUAUAGCUCUAGAAUGAAAAUAUUUCUCUCUUAAGUAUAGAGAUGACUUCCUUUGCCCUCUUAGGUAAGGGCAGAAACACCUGGGAGUUUUCCUGAUCAUGUGCCCUCAGCUCAUGAUCUCCUUAGGGUAUCAGGGUUCCGUGAUGGACAAUCUUUAUGGUAGCUAGAUUCAUUUCUCUUGGAUAACCAACUCAGACUGAGAGUAAAGGACAGACUGGAGGGCAAGGUGAGUAUGGCCUGGGUAGGAAAACUCUUGUUGAGCACAAACAGAAGCAAUGGGGGAAGGUUGUCUUGGUUUGUAUUUGUUUUAAACCAGGUAUUACAUUUCCUCCUCUUAACUAAGUUAUAAAUAUUCUCAGUGGAGUCGAAGGAAAGAUUUAAUUGAGAAAAUGACCCAAAGCCCUGGUUACCUGUUCUCCCUGGUUUUUUGUCUGUUUGUUUUUAACCUCUCACCAUCUCUCUUUAACACUAAAGAGAACCAGAUGAGCCCCAGACUCAGAUGUCCUCCCUUAUUCUCCAUUUGCUUUAUCCACAGCAAUGGCAAAACCCCUGCCAGUGAGGAAAACAUUUUUUCCUUGAGUGCCUCAGUCCAGGAGGCUUGGGCCAUGUCAGGGAACAGGUGUGUCAUAUUAAAAGAACACAGGGAGGCCAAGGUUUUUAUGGGGCCCUCCUGGGGGGUCUAGCUCACUAUGGGAUGGUCCUGAGGCUGCCAUGAUGGCUGCUUCUAAACUUUGCUCAUCUGCUCAGCCACAGAAUAAACAACUUCUAUACUGGUCAAAAGAAGAAUCAAAUCCUAGCCACAUACUCGAGCAGCCAAACGCAAUCAGUCUUCAAGGAGGGAAGACUACGAGAGUUGAACAGGGUGUUCACCAAACCAUGAUACUUCUCACUUCUAAACCCCCAACCUUCCCUUUUUCCUGUUCUCAUUUCCACUGUGUGCUAAAAAAUUUAAAAGACUAGUCCCAAUUCCUGGCAACACCCCUUGUGAAAGGUGAGUAGGGUGUGUCCUCUGUGUCCUUUUUUUCCAUCAAGUGUAAUCAAUGAACUCUAAGUAACUAGAUUGGUAAAAUUAGAGCAAGAGUUUGAAUUGCCCCUUCCCUUCCACUCCUGGCAAUUCUCCUUCUACUAUCAGGCUAGAAUGACCAUCCCUUAGUCACAGGCCUAGUCGCCCCUGGUUUGCGCCUGGACCCUUCCUCCAGUGACCAUUUGGUAACUAGAUAGUGGGUACAGAAUGGAGAUGGCAUUUCUAAGUGAUGGUCUGCUACCAAAUAGUUUGUCAUCUGAUAAGCCCCUGCUGCCCUGGCAAUGGCCUCAUAAAAGGGUCCAUGAGAACAGGAGCCCUACCAUGAUCUCUGGCCAUUAUUAGCACCACUGAUGGCGGGUAGUUCAAUAAAUCUUGAAGCUUGUCUUUGGGUACCCAAAUUUGCCCUCUUUUAUGAGAGUCAGGCUCUCAGAACCUGUGGCAAUGUUGGAAUUUCUCCCAAUGGAUGCAGAUAUCUAGCUCCUGACCUUCUGUAGCUGCAGCAACAUCCCGGGCACCUGCUUUUCCACUGGAUAACUUUCUUUUGUGACAAAGGUCACAGAAGGCCCUCAGACUGUUUUGGAAGCAGUAGGAAAAAGUACAUUCCUUUUGACUUCUUUCCUCUGCUACCCUGAAACGGAGUGCUCUCACAGCAAUCUCAAACUCCACUGAUUCAUUCAGUCAUAAUACCAUAAAGAUCUCCUUUUCACCACCCUUUAGUGCACCGUCUUCUACACUUCCUUCCUGUGACCUGCCAGAAAUUCCUGAGUUAUGCUCUCAGGGUCGCCUGCUGCUCCUCUAGGAACUUAGACACAUGUUAAUUUUUUAAAACAGCUUUAUUGAACUAUGAUUCAUAUACCAUUCAUUUAAACUGUGGGAUUCAAUGGCUUUUAGCAUAUUCAUAGAGUUGUGCAUCCACCAACAUAAUCAAUUUUAGAACAGACACAUGUUCGAUUUUAUCUGGAAGGAAGCAUUUUAGUCCUUAAAUCUGGGCUAUAGUGGAUUGUAGGAGCUACUGGAGGGAGUGUGGGCUCAGGAGGUAAAGUUUUUAAAUCAAUCCCAUUUUGUUACCUUGAAUCUUAAAGCCCUCAAGUAAACUUGCAUCUUGUAUGCAUCGCCUGUAUUUCACUGGGGAUACGGACGAAGUUUGUGAUGUAUUCAAGGGCCAGCGGAUUUCAUAUGCCAACAAAAUUUCUUCUUUUGUCUGACUCUACAUUAAAGAUUAGACUGACUAUAUUUAUACAACAGAAAUUUGUAAUGGGUUUUUCAGCUUUGUGAAACCGAAUUUUUAUCUUAGUCAGGACUGGUUAGAUUUCCUUUUUUACUCUGUACUCCAAGAGUUUGUAGUUUGUUAGGGGAUGGGUAUUGCAUGUCACAUUUUUUUUGUGCAAUAAAAACAUACAUUUCA